CACUCUCGCGGGCAACAUGGCGGACGCGGCCCCUCCGCCGGGCAAGAGAAAGCGAGAGCUGGACGCCGCGGGGGUGGAAGCAGCCAGCACAGAGGACAAGGAAAGCAAGGAAGCUGGCACUGGGAAUGGCACCUCUGCCUCUGUGCGCUUUCCUUUCUCCGGCUUUAGAGUGAAAAAAGUGCUAAGGGAGUCCGCGCGGGACAAGAUCCUGUUCCUACACGGGAAGGUGAAUGAGGCCUCUGGGGACGGGAAUGGAGAGGAUGCCGUGGUGAUCCUGGAGAAAACGCCAUUUCAGGUGGAACAGGUGGCUCAGCUCCUGAUGGGAAGCCCUGAGCUCCAGUUGCAGUUCUCCAAUGAUAUCUACAGCACCUAUCACAUGUUUCCUCCAAGGCAGCUGAGUGAUAUAAAGACAACCGUGGUUUACCCGGUCACAGAGAAACACCUGCAGAAGUACCUGCGCCAGGACCUCCGCCUGGUCCGAGAGACGGGAGGAGAUCACAAGAAUAUCACCUCACCCCACUUGGCGUCCCAGAGCCUCAGCAUCCAGUGGGUGUACAACAUUCUUGACAAGAAGGCCGAAGCCGACCGGAUUGUUUUUGAGAACCCAGAUCCCUCUGACGGCUUUGUCCUCAUCCCCGACCUCAAGUGGAACCAACAGCAGCUCGAUGACCUGUACCUGAUCGCCAUCUGCCAUCGCCGGGGCAUCAGGUCGCUUCGGGACCUCACUGCAGAGCACCUGCCGCUUCUCAGGAACAUCCUCCGGGAGGGGCAGGAGGCCAUCCUGCAGCGCUAUCAGGUGCCGGCGGACCGCCUCCGCGUGUACCUGCACUACCUGCCCUCCUACUACCACCUGCACGUGCACUUCACCGCCCUGGGCUUCGAGGCUCCUGGCUCGGGGGUGGAGCGGGCGCACCUGCUGGCGGAGGUGAUCGAGAACCUGGAGCAUGACCCGGAGUACUAUCAGCAGCGCACCCUCACCUUUGCCCUCAGGGCGGACGAGCCCCUGCUCCAGCUCUUGCAAGAGGCCCAGAAAAGCUGAGUCCACCCACCCAGGGCUCUUAGGAGCAUGGACGUGUGGGACUGGGUGGGGAGGAGGGAUCUUUUAGCACCAAAUGAAAUUUUUAAAAAUAUAUUUUGUACUGGCUAAUUCCUAAUAUGUGAAUAAAAUGUUGGUCUCAUUCA